CUACCAUGGUACGGCUACGACUACCAGUGCGUGCGCACCGGUCCCGACCGGACCUGCUUUAUCAAAGAGGUGCCCUUCCGUAACGUUAGCUGUAGCGAUGCCGCCGGUGUUCAGGUGCCGUACGUCGAGAUCAAACACCUGGUGGACAUUUACGGGGACUGGUAUGACGAGCACUCGACCACCCGUUACGCCUAUUUCAAUGACUCGGCCAACGUUACCCACCAGAUCUGGUACGACACGUCCGGGAGCCUGGGUAUGAAGGUUGGGUUAGCCAAGUAUAGGGAGUUGAGAGGUGUGGGCGUCUGGAACGCCAAUAUGUUGGACUACUCGGGCACUAAAGAGGGUAAGUAUAUGGUGGCCGACAUGUGGGGCACUUUCCCCGAGUAUAAGGCCAACAAAACCGAGGCAUUCGUUGUCCACCCAAACCACCGCCGCAUCUAUGAGUCCAUUAGAGUAUCCGAUUUUGUCAAUGUUUUGCCAGCAUUUAAAUGAUGUGUGGCUUUAAUGAUUGGUUUUGUAUAAUAAAUGAUUAUUUUUGUGAAC